CAACGCGUGCUUGUUUCAAAUAAUUUUACACGUUCAGCUGCCGGCAGGGUACUCGGUAGGUGUGCCCUAAACAAAGCUGAGUUUGCGAAGCGAGAACACUGGAAAGCGCAUCUUCCAAUACGGAGAAAAGGUGAACGUGAAGGGACCUCUCGUCAAUUCUGAACUAUGGAGCGCUCAAAACAGAGUCACGACAAUCAAGCUGACAGUAGACCGACUACAAACGAAAGUUCUCUAAACGGACACUUUGACGGCUUGGUAAAAAAAGACACCCGGAAUGUGGGAUGUCAAGGGACGGGGACCGCCGGUGAGUCGAGUUCGCACACAGGGUCGUCAGUCGUGGAAAACUGGAAGCAUGAGCGCACCCGAAGUAUAGAAGACAACGAGACGAGCUUGCCUAGUCUGGCAGCUGCUUAUACCACUAUUAUCCGGGGACUCGGCGAAGACCCGCAAAGACAGGGACUUCUCAAAACUCCCUGGAGAGCCGCAACUGCGAUGCAGUUUUUCACCAAGGGAUACCAGGAGAAAAUAAUAGAUGUGCUGAACGAUGCCAUCUUCGACGAGGACCACGAUGAGAUGGUUAUCGUGAAGGACAUCGACAUGUUCUCCAUGUGCGAGCACCACCUGGUGCCCAUCUUUGGCAGGGUCCACAUAGGCUAUCUCCCCAAUAAAAGGGUGCUGGGCCUCAGCAAGCUGGCCAGGAUUGUUGAAAUCUACAGCCGUCGACUGCAAGUUCAAGAGCGGUUGACCAAACAAAUCGCUGUGGCAAUCACUGAAGCUCUGCAGCCUGCUGGGGUGGGCGUCGUCAUCGAGGCAACUCACAUGUGCAUGGUGAUGAGGGGGGUGCAGAAGAUGAACAGCAAGACUGUGACCAGCACCAUGCUGGGGGUGUUCCGGGAGGACCCGAAGACACGGGACGAGUUCCUCACCCUAAUCAGGAACUGAGAGGGACGGCUGGCCCACAAACCUGCUGCCCAGCCCAGCACAGACCCAUCUCCCUGUCGCCUGCCUGGAGCUAGAGCAGUCCACACAGCAGUUUUGGUACGAAGCCUAGAGUCCGGGCUUGCAGAGUGUAUGUGAGUUGUGUGUAUGUGUGUGUCUAUCCCUCCACCCCCUUCCAAAUAAUCACACACAUCACAUGGUCGCAUGACAUAGCUGUCUUGUGUGUGUACAUGACAGUCUUACUAAACGGUGUCUGUCAGCUGGCUUAACCUAAAAAUGAAUCGUUUGGAUCAAUGAUUAGUGUUUCUUAUGGUUACUUAAUUUAAAGGACUUUGAUCCUGUUAAAAAACAUUUUUUGUUGUUGUAACUUUUCAUUAGAUUGAACCUCCAAGUACGGUAAAGAUACUUACACCUACGUAGAACCAUCCUAACAUUAAAAUCAAUAUCUUUAUCCAAAGUAAGCUAGGCCCAGUAGGACCAUAUGUCAGUUUAACUUUUUUAUUUAUUUUAUUGAACCUUUAUUUAACUUGGCAAGUCAGUUAAGAACAAAUUCUUAUUCACAAUGACGGCCUACCAAAAGGCAAAAGACCUCCUGCGGAGACGGGGGCUUGGAUUAAAAUGAAAAUAUAUAUAUAAACAUAAGACAAAACACACAUCAAGACAAGAGAGAUAACACAACACUACAUGAAUUUGCCUUGAGCCAAACCUAUUCAAAAGUGGCAAGUGCCCUUUUCACAUGGCAUCAUAUUCCUGCUCAAGCCAAAUGCAUCAAACCCAUUCGUCAAACAAUCAACACUUUGGUCAAUCUGUCAGCUGGUUACAAGGCUCAGUCCUGGUCUACUGUAAUUAUCUUUAACUAGUAAAGGAAGGAGAGCAAAAUGCUCGCUUUCAAAUUUGGUAGCCACUGCUUUAAAUACAGUAUACUGCACCCUGCAACUUCAGGGAACUAACAAUGAUGGCUUUCCGAGGGUUAACUGAAUAAAUCCUAUACAGGAUCGGUGUCCCCCCGGGGAACGGUUGAGCUGACGUAGGCUAAUGUGAUUCGCAUGAGGUUGUAAGUAACAAGAACAUUUCCCAGGACAUAGACAUAUCUAUUAUGGGCAGAAAACUUAAAUUAUUGUUAAUCUAACCGCACUGUCCAAUUUACAGUAGCUAUUACAGUGAAAGAAUACCAUGCUAUUGUUUGAGGAGAUUGCACAGUUAUGAACUUGAAAAUGUAUUAAUAAACCAAUUAGGCACAUUUGAGCAGACUUGACACAACAUUUUGAACAGAAACGCAAUGGUUCACUGAAUCAGUCUAAAACUUUGCACAUACACUGCUGCCAUGUAUUGGCCAAAAUCUAAAUUGCGCCUAGAUAUAUAUUGGCAUUUUAUUGCAUUUCAAAGAUGAUGGAACAAAAAAAACACUUUUUUUCUUUGUAUUAUCUUUUACCAGAUCUAAUGUGUUAUAUUCUCAUACAUUAAUUUCACAGUUCCACAAACUUCAAAGUGUUUCCUUUCAAAUGGUAACAAGAAUAUGCAUAUUCAUUUUAGGCGAAAAAAAAAAAAAAGGGUCCCCGAUCCUUAAUUAACUGUGGUGUUCAAAUUAUGUGAGGUAAUGUCACUGUUAGUUUUGCAUUUGUUCUAUAACCAAAGGACCAAGGUUUCCAAGGGUGCAGUUAAAGUGACUGGACGAUAACUGGCUAGUGCAAUGAAGGAUGAUCAGACGGGACUAAAAAGUGUCCAUUUUAGGUCACCCUGUCUUAAUAUGGACACCCUAGAUUAUUCGCUAAUAGUCUCACUCACUAUUGUAGUUAUUUGUUGAAAAUGUCACAAUAGUACAGAUUCACAGACGUGUGACUGAUAUAGUCUUCUUUUUCUGUAUCCCUCAAGUGGGCAUUUCGCCAUUCAGAGAGGAUUUCUAUUGGGCACCCCUUUGUAUCUCUCUGUAAGUUGUAUAGGCCUAUGUGCGUGUGUAUUUGUUUGUGUGCGUUGAAGGCCAGCCCAGUAUAUAUUCUGCUGUCCUUCUGCCUUACUGAUUUUUCACUUGAUAAGUAGAGUUCACUUCCGACUAUGAAUUUGAAGAGACUAGACACAAAGGAAUCGGCUGUCUCCACUCAUCUCUUGGAAAAGAAACACGUUUUACUCUCUUACCCUUCUAAUGUCAAUUCUGUUACACUUCUAAAUAUCUACGUAUGUCUGUGUAUAAAUGUUUCAGAAUUGUAGUUACCUUUUUAAAUGUAAAAAAUAUUCUGCAGUUUACAGAGUACAGUACAUCCCUCUUUGCUACGUCACAUAUAUUGUAUGUAUGCAAUUUCAUGUAUUAUCUCAGCAAAUUAGGGAUAUUAAAAUAUAGUAACCUACAUGAAAAUGACGUACAGUGUUAGGAUAAAUAGGUUUAGUAGCAAGGAACAUAUGCUGAUGAGCGGUAUAUUUUUUUAUUUAUUGGAAAUAUAUAACACUCAUAUUGAAAUGGGGAGGUUUUAACCAAUGUGAUUUGAUCAUUGGGGUUCUGUGUGUGUGGAGUAGAUGAGCGCUAUAGUCAGUCAGACAGCUCCUGUAUCGUCUCUGUGGCCUUCUUUAGGAGGAUUUGUUCUUUGGGUUCCUUCACUACUGUCGUUUACAUUACACUUCUUACUGUGUUCAUUUGAAAGAGUUUUCAACAAAGGAAAAUAAAUCUGUAUGUGUGAACUAGGAA